UAAAGUUUGGGGUAAGAAUGGAGGUAAGUGCAUUGAUAUUCCUGUAACCAGGCUCACACACACGACGGAAGCAAUUAGUCUUCAAUUCAUCGGCCUGUGGUGCUGGUCGUCGGACAAUUUAAUCCCAUAUUGUUUGGAGAAGCUUCUAGAAGGGUUGCUCUUUGAUUGGAGACCAUCUUAAGAUGACCGGUCGAGCACGAGCCAGAUCCAGGGGCAGAGCCCGCGGUCAAGAGAUCGCAGUGCCCGGGGCGAGCCAGUCCCGAGAGACCCCGCAGCCUGCCCCUGCCCCUGGCCCUUCAGCUGAGGGGGAGUUGGCUGGACGAGGAAGGCAGAAAGGGGCUGCAGUGCCAUUUACUGAAGAAGCUGUUGUUCAGAUUUCGGCGGGGGUUCACAAGGGGAAAUUGGGGGAAAGGGGGGGACGCCCGCGGGGUUUCAAAGAAAAUACGGGGGUCAACACCCGACAGGCCAUGGAACAUGUGAAGUAUUCGAAGGCUGGAACUAGCGGACGUCUCAUCCAACUGUCGGCCAACUAUUUUCGAAUCACUUCUCGCCCGCAAUGGGUUCUGUAUCAGUACCACGUCGACUUCAAUCCGCCUAUGGAGUCCCGGCGUCUAAGAUCUGCGCUGCUGUUCCACCACGAGGAGGUGCUCGGCUCAGCGCGCAGUUUUGAUGGCACUCUGCUCUUCCUGCCUAAUAGAUUGCCGAACAAGGAGACUGUGCUCUGUAGCACAACGAGAAACGGAGAGAUGGUUCAGAUAACGCUGACCCUGACCAACGAGCUGCUCCCCACCUCCCCCGUGUGUAUGCAGUUUUACAAUAUCAUCUUGAGAAGGAUUCUACGGAUUCUCAAUAUGCAGCAGAUUGGACGCAACUACUACAACCCCAAAGAUUGCCUCAACAUCCCACAGCACAGGUUGACCAUCUGGCCCGGCUACGCUACAACCAUCUUGGCUUACGAGUCGUCGAUCAUGAUGUGCACCGACAUCAGCCACAAAGUCCUGCGAAGCGAAACGGUCCUGGACUUCAUGGUCACCCUGAGGCAGCAGUGUAGCAGUCAACAUUUCCCCGAGAUCUGUACCAAGGAGCUCGUCGGCCUCAUAGUCCUCACCAAGUACAACAACAAAACCUACAGGAUCGACGACAUAGCGUGGGAUCACACGCCGAACAACACCUUCAAGAGGGGAGACACGGAUAUUUCCUUCAAGAACUACUACAAGACUCAAUACAACCUUGACAUCACCGAAGGGAACCAGGUUCUGCUGGUCAGCCAUGUGAAGAAGACCACGGGUCCUCCAGGAACUGCCCCCCCUGGUCCGGCCCUGCUGGUCCCAGAGCUGUGCUACCUGACAGGGCUGACGGACAAGAUGAGGUCCGACUUUGGGAUCAUGAAGGACCUAAGCAGCCACACCAGACUGAACCCCCAGCAGAGAGAGGAACGCCUCAACAGAUUUGUGGCCACGUUCCAGAAGAAUACUGACGCGCGCGCAGAAAUGGACAAGUGGGGCCUGGGCUUUGACAAGCAGCUUCUCAGUCUGACCGGGAGGAUUCUCCCGGUGGAGAGGAUUUUACAGGGACCGAGAUCGUACGAGUACGACCCUUCGACGGCCGACUGGUCCAGGGAGAUGCGUGGUCUGCCUAUUAUUUGCUCCCCUCCUCUGGACAACUGGCUGUUGCUGUUCACCCGUCGAAAUGGCAACGAAGCCCAGAACUUCCUGCACACCCUGAACAGAGUGUCGGCUCCGAUGGGAAUCCGCAUAAGCAGGCCCAUGAUGUGUGAGUACAUGGAUCAGCAGGAGGCGCUCCUGAGAUGCCUGCGGCAAAAUGUUGGAUCUGACACACAAAUGGUUGUGGUGAUCCUCCCGACCAACAGGAAGGACAAGUAUGACAGUGUGAAAAAGUACCUCUGUGUGGACUGUCCCACUCCCAGCCAGUGCAUCGUGUCCCGUACCAUCAGCAGACAACAAGCGCUGAUGACGGUGGCCACCAAGGUGGCCCUUCAGAUGGCCUGUAAGAUUGGAGGGGAGCUGUGGAGCGUGGAGAUCCCCCUUAAACAGCUCAUGAUCGUCGGAAUCGACUGCUACCACGACAUCGCUGCUGGGAAGAGAUCCAUCGGUGCCCUAGUGGCCAGCUUGAACCAGGGCAUGACCAGAUGGUUCUCCAAGUGCGUGCUGCAGCAGAAAGGUCAAGAGAUCAUGGACGGGCUGAAAAUGGCCUUGAACGGCGCGUUGAAAGACUACUUGAGAUUCAACCACUGCCUCCCCUCACGGAUCAUCGUGUACCGGGACGGAGUGGGCGACGGGCAGCUGUCCAGCGUGGUCAACUUUGAAGUGGCGCAGAUUUUGGACUCCAUCAAGUCCAUCGGAGAGGAUUACGCGCCCAAGCUGAGUGUGGUGGUGGUGAAGAAGCGCAUCAGCAGCAGGUUCUUUGCCUACAUCAACGGCCGGGUGUCCAACCCUCCGCCGGGCACCGUCGUGGACACGGAGGUCACCCGCCCCGAGUGGUACGACUUCUACAUCGUGAGCCAGGCCGUCCGUAUGGGAAGCGUGGCUCCGACUCACUACAACGUGGUGUACGACACCAGCGGGUUGAAGCCCGAUCACAUGCAGCGACUCACCUACAAGCUGUGUCACAUGUACUUCAACUGGCAGGGAAUCAUCCGAGUGCCUGCACCUUGCCAGUAUGCCCACAAGUUGGCGUUCCUUGUUGGUCAGAGCCUCCACAGGGAACCCAACAUACACCUGGACGACCUUCUAUUCUACCUGUAGACCCCCACGCCCCCCCCC